AUGCCUGAACCCGACGACGACACAAGAGAACAGACCUCAACCACUCGAAACAAUAACAGCAGCUGUAACAGCAGCAGCUACAAAGCAUCAGGAAGUUCAAUUACCUCUGGUCUUGACAACGUUCCAAGUUUAAAUAGCUUCAUAUCCAGUCAAAGAGAUUGUAAAGAAGUGGCCGUGAACAGCUUUGAAGAGGAGUGCGUUGACAGUGACAUUCUCGAGGAUCCGAACGACGAGGAGAUGACGAUCAUGAACGACGAUAAUUCCGAUCUGAGUGAAGGAGAAGAGGAAGUAGUGGAGAACUCGAUUGACUUUUCAGUUAAUCGAGCUACAGUUACUAAAGCAGGAGUCAUUCCAUGCUGUGUCUUUGUGGGUCGAGUGCGGUGGGGCACGACGGAUUGGGAGAUUUAUUUUGGACAAAAACAACUACUGAGACUGCAUUUGAACCUGCAUCUCUAUAGUCUUUUUAACCGACACAAAUUGAUGCGGGGAGUGCAUCUGCCGUGGACAAUUUGGCGUGAAAAGCGCGCUGAAAAACGAGUGAUGGACGUCUAUGUUGUGCAAAACUAUAUUAGAAAGUUGCUAAAAGACAGGGACUGGAGAAAUUCCGAGCCAUUGCUAUCAUUCUUGGAGGUGAGUCCGUCGAGAGCGAUGCUGCGACUUGGGCCGUCGCUGAAGGAGGGAUACGUGCACAUGCGCAUUAACGGACCAUUCCAGCUGCCGUUGUACACAUGUUUCAAUCGUACUAUUGAGGCACUGUAUCGGCAUCUGUACCGUGCUUGGAUGCGUAUUGCUUUUGUGUCAGCUAUUGUAGGCUUUAUUUUUCCAGUCUGCCUUGUGAUUGUGACGAGUCUUCCCACGUUCUUCUCUCCUCAAAAGGAGCUGGUAAACUCGGAUUCGGGUACCACGGAGGUAUCUACAAAGCUGAACACUGCUGGUGUUUUCAUGGGUCUAGCUGUUUUGGCGGGCAUUAUUUUCUUUGCUGGGUUUGUAUACAAGUUUUUCCAGCAUCGACUUGGUGUCAUCCGGCGAUGGGUGGUACUAAAACCUUCUUGCUUUGCUGCGUACCGGAAUCGAAAUGAUCGAGAGCCAAGUGAGGUGUUUUUGUUCGAUAAAACAUUUACAGCAAGGAAAGGAAGCUACAAACAAGGAGUAAGCUGGAUGCCGAGUGGUUUGGUCGUGGGUAGUAAAGCUGGUGAUAUCGAAAUCGACACAGGACAUUAUUACACUCGAUUGACAGCUUUUAUAGCUCUUAUGGGAGUUUGCUAUGGGAUUAUGCGUCUGUCAAAUAGCAUUUACGACUUCCAGAACCUUACUUUGAAUAAAAGCUUGGGUGUGCCAAUUGCGGACGCUUCAGGAUACGAGAAUUGGACGAAGAGCACCGAUGUUGAUUAUUGCGGCUACUACUUUACGGUGCCCGACGGCGUCACGGUUUACGUCGACAGUGACGAUGACAAAGUUGUAAUCUCGCAGCUACAGAUGCCGUCCUUGAAUUCGAUGACAGCGAACCUCGGAUACUUUUGGCAAAGCGAUAGCAUGGGCAACAGUCUGAACGUGAUCACGAACGCAGUUGGAGCAGGCACGAUGGUGAGUGUGGUGAAGCCAAUUGAUGUGAUACAUGACCGCUUUCUCAAAUCGGGCACAAAAUACUCGCUGUCAACAGUGGGUAUCUUGACGCUGAAAGGUGUCGCCACCGACAUUGCUGUGCAGCGCUUUGGCAAAGUUGAUAGUUUUUGUGUGAUUUCCGUGCGCAUAGCGCCUCUCACGUGGCGAUCGUACGUCUAUUACUUGAUGUUCCUGUUUGCAGGUGGCAUAAUAGCGCCGGUGGUUGGUUUCCUGGCUAACUAUUUUGUAACGUUCCUUGGACUUUGGCAUCCGCAUGUGCGGAGGGACCAUUGGUAUCGAUGUGUGUGUCGCCUGCAGAAGCUUAAGCGUCAGGAAACGUCUACGCGAUUUAACUCCUUUGCCCCGCAGCACAUCAGCACCGUGGGUGACGACGAUAGCGCCGCGGUUAACGCUAAAGCGAAGGCCGCGAACUUACCACUUGGAAGUACUCCAACUAGUGCGAUCAACCAGGUGGUGGAUUCGGUUGUGAAAUUUGAGCAGGGUGCCGUUCGUGUGGAUCUUGUGCCUCCAUCGCGUAUUGACAGCAGCACCCAAUCUGAGGAAGCAUUUGAGGCUCCACUACCGAAUCCUAGCGCUGUUAGCUGGCAUGUGGAUGCUGAAGACACGUAUGCAGCCAUGUUUAAAGCAAUUUCCAGCGCAAAAUAUGAGAUUCUGAUUGCUGGAUGGUGGGUGUGUCCGGACGUAUUCUUGCUGCGUCCAGGCCGGAAGUUACCCCCACGUGACACUGACGAAGAUCCCAACGGACAGCAAGUGAACAAGACGAUGCUGCGUCAGAUGCUGAUGAAGAAAGCUGAGGCUGGCGUGAAGAUCUACGUGCUGAUUUAUCGUGAAGUGAAGCUGGCACUUACGCUGAAUAGCGCAUACACAAAGCGCAGUCUGAUGGUGCACCCUAACAUUCGGGUUCUGCGUGAUCCGAUUUUUCAGAUUCAAAGUCUAGGAUUCUGGUCGCAUCAUGAAAAGAUCGUCUGUAUUGACCAGUCUUUGGCGUUUGUGGGCGGGCUGGAUUUGUGCUUUGGUCGAUACGACCACCAAGGACACCCGAUCAGCGACCCUAGCGACGAUCCCGUCUGGCGUGGCAAGGACUAUUCGAAUCCGAUCAUCAAGGAUUUUGUUCGGGUGAACAAACCUUUCGAAGAUCUUAUCGAUCGGUCUUCACAGCCGCGAAUGCCAUGGCAUGAUGUGCAUUGUAGUAUUUCUGGGCCACCCGUCCAGGAUGUAGCAUAUCACUUCAUUCAGCGCUGGAACUUUGUGUGCUCUAAGAACGACUACCAGCUUCGAACAGGCUGGUGCAUAUGCUUUCGUUCGCGGCGGUUUAAGUUCUUGCCGAAGUGCCUUGUUCCUAUGGACUUCAACGGAUGGAUGCUGCAGUACCCGUCCUCAGACCCGGAAGUGAUGCGGGAUGGAUCCACACGAACAACUAUUCCCGUCGUUCGUGAAGACUCGUUGACUAUGGAACCGUUUCAAGUGGUGCAGUCGGUGAAUCCCAUGUAUCCGUGUGCUGCUACAGGCCCUGAGUGGCCACCAACCACUUCUUUACACCCAUUAAAUCCGCUGCGACCACUCCUUACGAGCGCGCCGACGACCACGGAUCAAUUAGACGAUGGUGAAGUGCUGCGUGCUCAGCGCGGCGAGUCUAUUCUUCAAGUGUUUCACCCAAACGCUAAUAUGUGCAACGUCCAGGUGUGUCGUUCAGUAUCCAUGUGGUCAGCCGGCGUGCCUACAGAAGCCAGUAUUCAGGCUGCUUACAUGGAUGUGAUCGCGAAGUCGAAGCACUAUUUGUACAUUGAAAAUCAGUUCUUCAUUUCAGGAAUGGAUGGCAACGGAAUUGUACGAAAUCGAAUUUUGCAAGCGUUAGUGAAUCGCAUUGAGCGUGCUGUGCAGCGUGACGAGAAAUUUCGAGUGUAUGUGGUUAUGCCACUUCUCCCGGCAUUUGAGGGCAACGUCCGCAGCCAUGAACUUACGAACCUACACGCAGUGAUGCACUGGCAGUUUGCGACUAUUUGUCGUGGUCGCUACAGUCUCUUUGAGGCAUUGAAAGGUGUGACAAAUUACCCAGAGAACUAUGUGGCAUUUUUUGGAUUGCGUAAGUACGGUAUUAUGCCUAACGGAUGCGUGGCCACCGAGCAGAUUUACAUUCACAGCAAGCUCAUGAUCGCAGAUGACCGAUGCGCUAUUAUCGGCAGUGCCAACAUCAAUGACCGCAGUAUGAAUGGAGAUCGCGACUCAGAAAUUGCGCUUGUGAUCGAGGAUAUGCAGUAUGAGGAUGGUUUGAUGAACGAGAAGCCAUACCGACGAGGCGUUACGGCCAGCAAGCUUCGCAUGCAGCUUUUCCGUGAGCACCUAGGCCUGUCUGAUGAUGACAUCUCCGUAGCGGAUCCAACGUCAGAUCUCACAUGGCAGUCCAUCAAGUCCACUGCCUCAAGCAACACCAAGAUCUUUGAGGCUGUGUUUGAUUGUGCACCUUCAAAUCGCAUGCGCGGAUUUGUGAAUUUCCAGAGCAUUGAAGUAACGCAGAUUUUCGAAAAUCAGCGUUUAAAUGUGCUUAAGGUAUCGGGGCGAUCACACUUGUGGGACGCAAGCAAUCUAAAGGAGGGAGACUACGCACCAUGGACUGAUGUCAACGGCGUGCCGAUUGCGGCAGAUCGCGUGGAUCUGAGUGAUUUCGAGGUAGAUAACUACAGGGAUCGGAAGAAGAAGUUGUUUUCUAUGGAUCACGAUGGCUGGUGCUACGCGCGUAACUUUUCGGUUUUCCAAGAGGUUCGCACCAUGAAGACCGACUACAAGAAACGUGAAAAACUUCAGCAUCUUGUAGCGGAUAGAUUGAUGGCCCAAGUGCGACGACGGCGAUGGGACAAGAAGGGUUCGCUACCGCCACGUCCUGAUCCUCGCGAUAGCUCUUACAGCAUGGCUAGCGACGACGAGGAACAUGGACGAUUCCACUCGAUCUGGCGAAGACUUCAGCAAGGUGAUUUCAGUCGCUCGAACUCCAUCAGUACGACUCCGACACACUUCACUCAACUGGACUCAGGAGGUGUAAUAUCUGGUAGUGUGAGUGCCGGAGGUGCGACUCGCGGUCGCCGGUGUUAUAAUUCGGCACCGAUGCCGUUGAACGGUUCGAUGCUGGUGGUAGGUAACAACACUUCAUUGCUGUCUGCGGUGCCUGGUGAUACUCAAUCAUACCCGAACUCUCCCUGUUCCAUGCCGACGCCUCACAGUCCGUCUGUGAACGCGAUUAUAAAUGGACCUCGCAAUAUACGCAGUGUGCGCAGCCCGCGCGCAUCAUCUGUGCACGGUACUGGUGGUGGAGUUCGAGCUCGCGGUAAUACUCGAAGCGGGCGAGAUAGUCCUUACGGCUUUUUUAGUGCGGGUGGUGCUCGACAGCACGAUACAGACGACGAAUCGAGUGAUGCGGGCAGCGAGUAUGGAGGAGGCAUUAGUGCGUCUCUUAAGCGAUGGGUAUCCACGGUGGACGUGUUGGAUUUCGGCCGUCGCUCGAAGUUCAACGCCGAGUAUUUUGACACGGAGGAGGAUAAUUUGCAUGGCGAUGACCCGCAGCUGGAGGACGGUCGGGGUAGCUACCAUGCGGCCACCCGCGACGGUAUUCUUGCCGAAGAAGAUGAAGAUGGAGAUGAAAGGGAAGAGGACGAAGCCGACUGCCAGAUUGGUCACGUGCAGACAGCAGCUACGGUCCGCAAGGAAGAUGAAACGCGAGCACGUGACCAGCUUUCGGAGAUCCACGGCCAUCUCGUGGAAUUUCCACUGGACUUUUUGGUUGAGGAGAUCCUCAAACCGUCGGUCCUGCCUGCCGAUAUUCAUAUUUAA